GCAAUGUCAAGCUCUACGAGAGUGACGGCAACACCUUGCACAAGCCUGGACGUGGAGUACACGACCAGGCGGCGCAGCAGCAUCAGACGCAGGCGAUCGUGGAAGGGCUCAUCAAGGGCUUGGCCACUUCUGUUGCAGCACCUCAGCUCGCCCAGGUGACCAAGGUGCUGCAGGCCCAGCUCAACCCCUCCGUGGUGACCAGCAGGGCGUCCACGGCCGAAGACGCACUUAGGCGCGUUUCAGGCCAGUGGAGAGACGCCAAUGCGAAACAUGAUCAGGCAGUGGCUGCCGUCGUUCGCUGUCAGGCCAACCUCGACAGGGCCAAGCAGCGGGAGGCCGAGGCAGCACUGACAUUGGCACAAGCGGAUUUGGAGCGGAAGCAAGCCAUUGCAGCCUUCGCUCGCGAGGUCAGGGGCUCAGCAGAGCAACCUGAGCAGUCCACCUCGCAGGCCGCUUUCGACAUCGUGUGGGACGAAGAUCUAUUCAAAGACCUGGACCAGCUAGAGGGCAUAGAGACGGCCGAGAAGGACGACUUGAUGAAGAUCCACGCCGAACUCCAACAAUACAAGUCCCAGCUGGCGUCCAAAUCUGAAGACGUGAAAUCCAGGAUCGCGAGGGCCAAGGAGCUCCACGAGACGAUCCACGUGCGCGUCGGCAAGAAGCGCAAGACCGAGGCCGACGAGGACAAGCAGCCGACGGACGGGGCGGACGAGGCUCAGGCGGGCGGUGGCGGCGGCGCAAGCCAGGCGACCACGCCAGGCAGCGACGCUGCGGCAGCGUCAGGCGGCUCGCCAGCCACAGCCGAUGCCGCCGUCGCCUCCGCCCCCGAGUCCAGCGACCCAGCCGUCGCCGCGGCAGCUGCGGCCAUCUCGGCCCGCAAGCUUGCGGAGGCGCAAGCAGCAGCCACGGCCGAAGCCCAGGCGCUUCUGUCGGUGGGCGGCGGCACGGACUCCAAGGUCGGCAACACCAAGAUCGGCAAGGGCACCAGGGCCUCCCGCGGCAAGGGCGGCGGAGCUGGUGGCAACGCCAAGGUUUUGAACCUCUUCGACGCGAUCUUCCAGAAGAUCAGCAUCGCGGAGACCCUCCAGGCUGCGGUGACGGAGGCCGACAGCACGACCGACAGUCAGGCGCAGGAAGGAGCCAACCACACUGGCACAGCCGCUGCUCCACUAGGGAGCGACUCAGCUGCUGGCGAAGAGUGCAGUCUUUUUUUCGCGAACAUCACUAGUAUGGGGACGUCAGCCAAGACGUCACAAGCCUGGACCUACCUCUCUGAGAACGCCGACAAGCAUCAGUUCUGGGCCUUCGUGGAAACGCACGUGGCAGCGGAUGCUCUACGGCAAUGGCACAAGGAGGCACAGGCGAUCGGCAUGAAGUUGAUUGCGAACGGAGCCAGGCCCUCAGGCCACGCCCAGUCCCAGGACAUGGAGGGCAGGGCCAACGAGGGCGGCGAAUGGUUCCUCACCUCAGGUCACAGGCAAGUUCAUGCGUUGAGUGCAGCGCAACAUCAAGGUUUUCGAGCACGACGGGGCAGUGCACGAGAUGGCUUCUGCGCGACGGUGGUGCACCUCAAGGGGUUCAGCCUG